CUUACAUGCCCGCCGAUUACUGGGAUCUACACCACCACCCCCCACAUUUGAACCCCAGGGACUAUUUGUCCCCCUGGGGCCAGGAUCUACCCCACCACAUCCACCCUCCAGGGGCUAUUAUCUGCCCCCCAGGGAUGGGCUGUACCCCACUAGCCUGUACAUCUGCCCCGCAGGGGCUCUUAUCUGCCCCCUGCCUUCCUCUGCUGCUGCUGCUGUCCCUGUUGCCCACCCUCACUGGGGGCUGUGUGCAGUGCCCCCCAGGCCGGCGGGGUUUGGCUGGACGCUUUGCCCGUCUCUGCACCCGUUACGAGGCUGGCCGGGAGGGUCGGGCCUGCAGCAAGUACCCCUGGGUUGGCCAAACCCUCCGGGGCUUUGCGCUGGAGGACCAGGCAGUGGAGGUGGUGACUGAGAAGAUCCACCGGGUCUUUCGCUUAAUGGAGCUGGGCCACAACCUCUCGGACCUCCCCGUCUUCUGGGAUUGGCUGCAUGAGGUAAAGCUGCCGGAGUUCACCCGGGAUGCGCUGUGCCCUCCAGCUUGCCGGGGCACAGCUUGGGCCCUCAACUGCUCCACCUGCCGGAGGGACAAGGUGCCCUGCUGGGCCCUGGAGAGCUGCUAUUCAGGUGAGCGAGGAGGGGGGCAGGUCCAAUCUCAAGCCACGCCCCCUCUUGGCCACACACCCCAGUGGGGAUGCUCCCGACUUGGCUCUGACCCUGCCCCCAACCCCUUUCCCCUACCUCCCUCCUGCCCCUUUCCCCUUAGUGAUGCCCUGCCCACCAUCCUAAGCCCUGCCCCUUUCCCCAUGAUUAGGCUCUGGCCCCACCCUUUUAACCCCAUGGACAUGGCCCUGCCCACCAUCCCUGGACCCGCCUCCUUUCCUGAUGAGGCCUUGGCUCCACCCCUUUUGCCCCAUGGACAUGGCUCUGCCCGCAAGCCCAGGCCCCACCCCCUCUGCCCCUUACCCCCCAGGCUGGGAGAGUCUCCAGCACCCACUGCUAGUGAUCGGGGUCGCCUCUGCCGCCUCCUUCGCACUGGGAUUGGUCAGCUGCACCCUGGAGUGAGUGCAGGGGACAGGGCAGGGCUUGGGGCUGGAGGGGCGGGGCAUAUAGGAGGGGGACAUGCAGUGGCUGCUCUCAUUGACUCUUUCCUCCCCAGGUUCCGGUUCCGCCCAGAGCAGGGGGCUCAAUAGCUCCGCCCACUCUUGUGCCUCCACCAAUAAAGAAGCUUCAGGGUUGUGACCUCAGGGCCUGUGGGAUUGUCCUAUGAUGUAGCAUGUGUCCAGGAGGCAUGGCCUUUGAUUCCUCCCCACUUG